AGCACCGUAAUACGCGAAAUUCGUUUUUCUUUGCAAUUUGUUGAAAGAAGCGAGCUAGAAGGUGGUUAGCUUACAAUUUUGUGCAUUUCUUGAUAAGAAAUCCAUGCAAGAUGUCUCUGCAAGCCUCUUCGUCGUUUAGCAUGACCAUUAACCAAAAUUCUUGCAGCAUUUCAAGAACCAACAGCCAAACUUACUUCUUCGGAGGCUUCGACGAUCCGUCGAACGUGGACUUGAGCCCGAUCUUUGAGUGCGAUUUGUUUCCAGAGGGGCCGCCUGUGCAGUCUACUGGUCCUAGCGCUCCUCUUGUGCCUUGCAAUAACUCCACAAGCUUCGCUGUCGUUCAGAGUGAGCCAAAUGGAAUUGCGGCUCUACCCUCCAGGAUAUUUGUUAAUAAUAGAGGAACCUGGACUCAAACUCCCGGAAUAUUAAUCCCCAAACGCGCUGAUUCUGACGAGGAAUACCAUUCAACUGCCAAUGAAGCAUCCGUGGGAUCGGCACCGGAGACAGCCUCAGAUGACAUUGAAAAGGCCGUUGCAGAAGCGGGGGACUUAACUACCGAGCCGAUGGCCUUCCUGCAAGGACUAAAUUCGGGAAACCUCAUGCAGUUCAGCCAGCAAUCUGUACUACGCGAGAUGAUUCUGCAGGAUCUCCAGGCCCAGGUCAGCACUCUUCCAAAAUUGGAAAAACACAACAACGGUGGCUACAACUUCAGCUUCGAGUUGGUGGAGCCACCCAAGUCGGAUUGGACAAUCUCUAAAGCGCUUAAUAAGCUUUAUAUCCGCAUGAACAAGGUUUUUAACGUUGACAUCCAGUUUAAAGCUAGGAUGCCCAUUCAGCCGCUGAAUCUGCGCGUUUUUCUUUGUUUUGUCAAAGAUGUCAGUGGCCCGGUGUUGCGUUGUCAGAACCACCUCAGUGUUGAGCCCCUUACCGAUACCAAUGAGAAAGAGCGCGAAAACUUACUGCGCUGCGGGAAUCCCAAUACCAUCUAUUGUGGUACAGCUCAGGGCAAAGGUAUUUCCGAACGCUAUUCGGUUCUAAUUCCUUUAAAUGUGUCGCGGUCAGGAGGUCGAAACGGAGGGGGACUGGUACGUCAGACCUUGGCAUUUAAUUUUGUUUGUCAAAAUUCAUGUUUCGGGCGAAAGGAGAGCUGCUUGGUCUUUUGUUUAGAGAAUGCAAGUGGUGAUAUUGUUGGACAGGACUUUUUAAAUGUUAAAGUCUGUACGUGCCCAAAACGUGACCACAAACAGGAAGAACGCCAAAAAAAUGUGAUGAAGCGAAAAAUGCAUGCAACCGACACUGAGGAGGAUGACGCUGAGGACCAUCCGUCGAAGUCGCGCCGGCUCACCGAGUCGAUGCACAUUAAGGAGGAGACGGAGAGCAAUGACAGCUUUAAUACCACCCACCGGGGACUGCCCCAUAACUGGGAUGUGUCGGCAACCGAUAAUGGAAAAUACCAGCUGUCCAUUACAGUUCCUAACAAGGAGUGGCUUCUGGACAGCAUAGAAGGCAUGAUCAAGGAGGCGGCCACUCAAGUUCUGCGCAGCCCAAACAAAGACCGUCUGCGCAGCUAUGCCCAAAGUCUUUUAAAACUGAAAAAACGUGCCUAUGAGUUGCCAUGACCUCCAGAAAAGAGUUCAUCAAAUAAAGUUAAGAUCCACGUGAUUUAUUUAAGACACUAAGAGAUAUUGAUAGCAGUUGUCAUAGUUCGUAGAUUAAUGUUCAAGAGCGUUUGUAAACGCUAUUGAUGCAAUUUUUUAUGCGGUGGGGCCAAAUAUGGUACUUAGAAUUUGGAGCAUUUUUUUGAUAUUCCAAUAAGUGACUGUUGGAUUUUUAUUUAAAUCUAAGAAUAAAUUCCUGGAAAUGAGAAG